CCAACUUUUGAUCUCAUCUCUGGCUCGUAUUCUAUGGCGCUUGCUCCAAAGCAGAGAUACUUCGGCUUCAGAGGAGGAUGGCUGGUGUUUUGGAUUACUGUCGCCUGUGCGACAGACAUGACUCUCUUUGGUUACGACCAGCUACACGAUCUUGUGGGACCUUCCAGGACCAAGGUUUUAUCGACGCUCGCUGCCAUUUACGAUGUGGGUUGCUUUAUCGGCGCGAUCAUAGCCUUUACUAUUGGCGAAAGGCUGGGACGGAAGAAGACCAUCAUGCUGGGCACUGCGAUCAUGUCCGUCGGAGUAAUCUUGAAGACCAGCUCUUUCAGUCUCGCACAGAUGUUCGUUGGACGCGUGAUCCUUGGUAUCGGCAACGGCAUCAACACCGCAACCGCACCAAUCUGGCAAACCGAAACUGCUCCUGCGAAGCUCAGAGGAAAACUCGUCAUUCUGGAGAUGAUGACCAAUGUCGGCGGCUUCAUGGUGGUGAACUGGAUUAAUUACGGUUUGAGCUUUGUACCAGGCUCGGUUCAGUGGAGGCUACCUCUAGCUCUGCAGUUCAUCUUCAUCUUCGUCCUCUUUGCUACCAUCNCCUGGCUACCUGAAUCACCACGUUGGCUUAUCGCUCACGACCAAGAAAAAGAGGCCAUCCAGAUUCUAGCCGAUCUCGAUGAUAAGCCCGUCGACCAUGCUUACGUUAUAGCACAGCACCAAGAGAUUGCCUACGGUGUUCAAUACGAACGCGAGCAUGCCAUCAAGUGGAGUGAUCUCCUUCGAGGUCGUACUCAAGAUGGAACGAAAAGUGUCCGUCGCCUGCUUCUUGGAGCAGGUACUCAAUUCAUGCAACAGUUUGGAGGCAUCAAUAUCAUGAGUACGUGCACGACGGUUUUAGCACAAGCUUCGCGCGAGGAACAUGCUAAUUGGCUUGACUUACAGGUUNACUAUACUCCUACAAUCAUGAUCACAUACGUUGGACUGAGCAACUCUAUGGCCCGUCUGCUAUCUGCCUGUAAUGCGGUCUCCUACUUCAUAUUUGCAGGCGUUGCAGUGCUCUUUGUCGAACGCCUUGGUCGCCGUUCGCUGAUGAUGAUCUCCACAUUCCUACAACUCAUCGCCUUCCUCGGCAUCUCGAUCCUUCUCAAAUAUGCCAUGGCCAACGGUAUUACUCCCAUCGGCUUCCAAAAUCUAGGCUGGAAGUUCUGGCCCAUCUGGGUAGCAACCAAUGCUCUCUUCCUACCGACUAUAUACAUGCUCUAUCCAGAGACCGCUUCGCGCACUCUCGAAGACCUGGAUGCAUACUUUAGAUCUGAUCCAAGUUUGUUUGUUUUCAGAGACAAAGACGCCAUAUCUAGCAAGAGACCUCAAAAGUAUAUCGCAAGAGAGAACGAAGAGGUCCAUAAAGUGGAAGAGCAAGGAGUUGGUGUCGGGAAGAGGAUCAGCAAAGCUGACCCUGUGGAUGAUGUCGAGACUCAGCGUCACGAGGUGGGAAAACUGCAGUGA